AUGAACAAGUUCGCUGCUAUCCUCGCCAUCACUUUGGCCUCCUUGGCCGCCGUGUCGGCUCAGUGUCCCCGUAUCGUCACCCGUGCCGGAUGGGGAGCCCGCGCUGCCAACACAGCUGUUCUGCCGAUCCGUCCAGCCCCAUGGGUUGUGAUGCACCACACUGCCGGAGCCCACUGUACUACCGAUGCCGCGUGUGCCCAGCAAAUGCGUAACAUCCAGAGCUUCCACAUUGACGGCAACGGAUGGGCUGACAUUGGAUACAACUGGUGCGUUGGAGAAAACGGUGCUGCCUAUGAAGGUCGCGGUUGGGGACGUCAGGGUGCCCAUGCUCCAGGAUUCAAUGACCGUUCGGUUGGUUUGUGCGUCAUGGGAACCUUCACCAACGCCAUUCCCAACUUGGCCGCUCGUAAUGCCGCUCAGCAGCUGAUCACGUGCGGUGUCUCGCUCGGACACAUCAGCGGCUCAUACUGGUUGAUUGGACAUCGUCAGGCCACGGCCACCGCAUGUCCUGGAAAUGCUUUCUUUGAACACAUUCGUACCUGGCCACGCUUCAACCCAAAUCCUUAGAUGUAGAUAUUUUUCGAAUAAAACUGUGACUGAAUAAAAAAGCAAAAAAUAA